GUUUCCCACAAUGCAGCGCGGCGCGCUGUCCCCGGUGCUGAUGCUCAGCGCUGCCCCGGAGCCUCCACCUCGCCCGCCUCCCGCCCUUUCCCCGCCGGGCCCGGGCUCAGCGCCUCGCCAUGGCUCUGCUCGGUCGGGUCCUGCCCCAGAGCCGUCUGGGGGCCUGGCCGCGGCGCUCGACAGCAGCCUGCGGGCUGCCGUGGCGUUCAAGGCGGAGGGUCAACGUUGCUACCGAGAGAAGAAGUUCCGAGAAGCCAUUGGCAAGUACCACCGGGCACUGCUGCAGCUGAAGGCGGCUCAGGGGGCCCGCCCUGGCGGUCUGCCCGCCCCCUCCCCCGGUCCCACCACCAGCCCGGGGCCCGCCCGCCUCAGCGAGGAGCAGCGUCGCCUGGUGGAGAACACAGAGGUUGAAUGUUACGAUUCCCUCACUGCUUGCCUCCUGCAGUCGGAGCUGGUGAACUAUGAACGCGUCCGUGAGUACUGUCUCAAGGUGCUGGAGAAACAGCAGGGCAACUUCAAGGCCACCUAUCGUGCCGGCAUUGCCUUCUACCACCUGGGUGAUUAUGCGCGUGCGCUGCGCUACCUACAGGAAGCCCGCAGCCGAGAGCCCACAGACACCAAUGUUCUUCGCUACAUUCAGCUGACUCAGCUGAAGAUGAACCGGUGCAGCCUCCAGAGGGAAGACAGUGACGGUGGCACUGGAGGCCCAGCUCGGAAUGUCAUGGGCUGAGGCCAAGGGGCAGCCUCUACCCUAUUCCCUCCAACCUCACCGGGGAACUUCCCCGACUCGUGUGACUCCUGUUUACUGGUAAAGCACCUGCCACCGGUG